UCGAGUAAUGGCUGUAGAGGCCAUUUUCCGCAGAAGAUGACAAAUGUUACACUAUUUUGCCAGGAAGUGAGGUGAUUUUUCCAAAAUCUUGUGAUCGCAGUCGUCACUACAUAUUGUAUUCUUGUCAGGCAGUGUUGUAAGUGUCUUAAGAAUUGACAAUGGCCGGUGUUAAUGCAGGAGGCGGCAGAAAUCACAACUUCAAAGUGGUUCUUUUAGGAGAGGGUUGUGUUGGAAAGACAUCACUUGUUUUGAGAUACGUAGAAAAUAAAUUCAACGAUAAACACAUCACAACAUUACAGGCUUCAUUUUUGAACAAAAAAUUAAACAUUGGUGGAAAACGAGUCAGCCUGUCUAUAUGGGACACUGCUGGUCAGGAGAGGUUUCACGCCCUGGGCCCUAUUUAUUAUCGAGAUAGUAAUGGUGCUAUUUUAGUUUAUGACAUCACAGAUGAAGAUUCAUUUGUAAAGGUGAAGAAUUGGGUGAAAGAAUUACGACGUAUGUUGGGCAAUGAUGUUUCGUUGUGUAUAGCAGGAAAUAAGACUGAUUUAGAAAAGGAAAGACAUGUUCCAGUGGCAGAUGCAGAAGAGUAUGCAGCAUCUGUAAAUGCUCAGCACUUUCACACAUCAGCAAAACUCAACAAGGGGAUAGAAGAGAUGUUUCUAGAUCUCAGUAAAAGUAUGAUAGCCAAAGCCGGAGAAGACACGUUAACUCGCACUGGCGGAAAGAACCGUAAGAGUGUGAUGGUAGUAGAUGACGAAGAAGUGCAGGUGCCUAAGUCGGGAGGCUGUUGUUAAGGAGCAACGUGAUUGUGCACAGACAUAUAACGUGAUGUGACAUUUGGAGAGUGCCACAUUCCAUGUUGGAAUAAACAUUUACGGGAAGAUGCUCAGUUUUACACUUGAUCAGCGUGUGACUGUUGUGUAUUAUAAAUAGCUGAGCAUUAGGAUUGAAGGGAAGGUGAUGAAUGAUAUUUUGCUGUGUACUAAAAUUUAAAACUUUAUAUUUUACUGACAUCUGUUGUGGCCAGGUUUUAGACGAUCGUUUGCUGAAAAGGAACAAAUUGAAAUUUCUUACAUGAGAUGUUCUUUUUUUAUAUUAGAUUUCUUAUUCUCUGUGUGGCAUAUACAGUAAAAAUUAAUAAAACAGCAAACAUAAAUUAUAAUGGAAGUAAUAAGUAAGGAUACGGUUGUGAACUUAAUGUAAAAUGUAGAUUAUACAUGUGUACGACUAUGAAUAUACCUAUUUCAAGUAUUUGAUAUUUGGUUAGCGAAAUGAAAUUUUAAUUUGAAGAAAAUGGUGUUAAAAAGUUUUGUUUUAUUUUCUUACAUUAGAAAUGUGGAGUAAUAAAUUAUUGGAUGCUAAUAGAAAAUGUUACACAUUUAGUUCUUUUCAUAAAUUUAAACAAUAUUGUAUACAUUUGACGCACAAAUACAUGCAUAUGAAUGACUUUAUUUUGGUAAAUAAAGUAUGAAUAUGUUGAGGUGUGUGCGGAUGGAUAUGCUCUCUUCCUUGUAUAGAUAUUUUUCUUCCUACUUUAUCUUUGCAGUUUCAUUUAAACUAAUGUCAUCAGUUUAAUUAAAACUAGCUAGUAGAGAUAUGUCGGAAUGUAUUUUUGAAAAUGUAGAAUUUGUUAAUCAUUUACAUAGCUACAUAAAGUCAUCGAAAAAUUGAAAGGAAAAAAUCUGUACAAGAUAUAGCAAUUGAAGAAAUCUUUCUGUUUUCUUUUCUUUUUUAACUACCGUCAAACCUGCUCUAGUGACCACCCAUAUUAAAGAGCCACUUGUAGUAAGAGGCCACAUUUUUAUUCUCCCAAAUAAUCUAAUAUAAUAGUAUAAAUAUAUAUAUACACUGACCUGUAUUAAGCAGCCACCUAUGUUUAAAACCACUUUUUGAAACUCCCAUUGGUGGCUAUAUAUUUUAGUUGUGGCGAUGUGCAGACAGCAGUUAUAGAGUCUACAAGUUAUACUUUGUUGUGCAAUGGACGGAUGUGAAAUGUAUGUGGAUGUAGUCAUUUUAAAUAGUAUUGAUGUUAUAUUACUGCAACAUUUUGUUUUGCCUACUGUAAGUGUACACCUAUAACAAGUUACUCCAGUCUUUAUGAUUUGACACAAGCAGUUGCUCUGGUGUACUUGCACAAAAUGAUUUCUGUGAGGACGAAAAACUGCUUACCUCAUCAAGCAUCGAUAUUGCUAAUAUAUUUUACUCAAGAUUACUACGAGUCUGAUACUGAGAGCAUUUUGCUUUCCGAAAUAGUUUGAGGAGAAAAGUUUAUUGCUCACCAUCGAUUUUCAAACUAUAAGCACUAUUACCUGUUUUUGUUAAUUUAAUCAUUAUAAAAAAAAUAUUAAUGUAAGUGUUAUUUUGAUGACAGUGUUUUGGGUUCCAUUAUAUUACUAUAUGGGAAACCACAUGGAUUGAUCAUUUACCUGUAGGUAAAUCCCACAGGAAACAGAACAGGUUAUUGACAUUCCCCAUAUUUGUAAAUGUAGACAGUUUAGUGAUAGUUCUCUUCUUGACAUUUGUUACAAAUUGCAUGUCCUGUAUUUUUCAGCCUAUGUAUAAUUGUGUGUGUGUAGUUUCAUCUGAAAUAUAUACAACUGUUCUUAAAGUACAGAAGUUAAAGAUUAGAAAAUUUAGUCAUUUUUGUUGUUAAUUAUGUCAUAUUUUAAUACUAUCUCAGUGAUAUGGAAUGGAAUUAAAAAAGAAAACACAGAAACAAAACAAAAUAACGUUUUUUUGUAUCCUUUAAAGGAUGACUUUUGUAUUUGAUAUGGAGCCAUGACUUGCCAAGUGAUUGAAGCCAGACUCAUCAAGUGGUGGUGCACAGUCACGUUCUCAGGAAUGUCACUAGUAGUUAUAUAUCUGUGUAGUGAUCUCUGAAACUUGCUAGUGGAUCACAGUAACAUACUGAACAAAAUGUUCCCUGGGCAAGGGCAAGAACUUUGUUAACAUUCAGUAAACGUUUCUCGGUUUGUUUUAACUCCUUUCAAUGAGUGGCUUUCAUCUUUGAUUUGAUAGUUCACCUAGUGACUCUUUCACCUACACAGCAUUAGUCCCAUAAAUGUAAGUGUCGAGGUCAUUUGAAACUUAAAAAAACGUUUUUCAGUUAUUGUUAACAUGUCAUUCUUUUCAAGAUGAUAAUGUUGCAGCUGCAAGGUGAAGAUCAUUUGAUAAUUGUAAUUUGGUAAUUUGUAAAUAUUUUGAAGGGCGGUUUUCAUACUUGAUGCAAGUGUUCAGCAUGCAAGUUGUCCAACUGCAGCCACCUCCCUCCAGUCCCAUCAGUCUAACCUAAAUAUAGAUUAUGCUAAUUUUGAACUUUGUUAACAGUUUUUAAUUCCUUUCAUGGAUGGUUUUCGUAUUUGGUAUAAAUUGUCACCAAGUGAUAAUCUUUAAAUUGCACUUCCCUGUGAUCCCUAAAGGUAGGUAUAAUUUUCAUAAUGAACACAAAGUAACAUCAUUGAUUGAAAGUUUUAAUCUAUCAGGGGAACAUUGUCAUGCCUUAAUUAUAAUGAGCUCUAGAGUGACUGGAGUUGGGCAAGCCUAAUGCUAAAUGUUAUGGGGAAUGUAGUGCUAAUUGAGACAUGCUUUCUGCCCAUUAUUUAGCCCCAAGAAUCUUAAUUUUAUUGUUGUUAUAAAGUAACAUUACAAUUUUCACAUGAUGUUGUGCACUAGUAUUUCAUUGUCAAUGGUGAUACUUAAAAUUGUUAUUUUAUGAAUUUACAAACAUGAAACUGAGAUACAGAUACAUUCAAAAUUAUCAUUAAAGCAUGUAUAAGAAAGAACUGAAUGAAAAAACCUAUCUUUUUAUUAAGGUUUUUUUUUUUUAAUGGCAAGUUAUCCGUCCAUAUGGGCAAUAAGUUCUCUUUAUGAACAGGUUCUGAGAUUAAUUCUGUACAUACAUUUAGGACCAUUAUUUCUCUUGUACUAAAUUAUUGGCAAUAGAAGGAUCAACAUUGCAUGUACAUGUAUACGAUAUGUACUGAAAUAUACUUUUUGUUAAUGUCGGUAAUCUGUUGAUAAAAUGUAUUUGAAUGUUGGAUGCUAUAACAAAUAUGUAUCUUAGUGCAGUUAAUUAACGUAAACAAAUGUUACUGACCAAUUUAUUUGAGUUUUUCUCUAGUGCCAACAGUACAAUUUAAGUCACUCCUGUUUCCUCAGUUGAUUGCAAUAUCUGAACAAGUAACAUGCAUUUUUGUUUACUGAUGAGCAAGAAUAAGUGCAUAUUAGUGCUGUUAAUUAAAUUAUCAAAGUGACUGUUAUGUAGAAUGUCUAUCACUUUUAUCUAAUCAAGUAUCAAGCAGUUAUGUCCACAAUUGUUAUCUGAAAUAUUAGCGAUAACAAUAAUUUUGCUUUAUCUUGGUUUUGAGAACCUAAUAUUACCCAUCAAUCACUGAUCCAGUUUGUAACUGCUAUUUUGUGAACACCAAAGAUGUACAAAAAGGGAUUUUGAGAAUAUUAAUUGAAAUGUUAUUAAAAAAACUAAUUAAAUGUUCAAUGACAUGGCAAAUUGAAAAAGUUAAAAAAUGUGCUGGUUUAAACAAAGUGUUAUUUUAGACACAGCUUUUUACAUGUUAUUAAUUAACCACUUUAGAAACAAAAUCAAUCUACUUCAAAUCUGCAUGGCAUUGUAUAGAAAAUGUUAUUAUUGUUAUUUUUAAAACAGACAAAUAUCAAUAUUUUUUAUCCAUCUGGUUCAACAUAACCAAGUUAAUAAAAACCAUAUGAAGCAUAUGUGCAAUAACAAGUAUAAUUACCUAAUUUUGGGAAAGUGACAUCAUAAAAUGACAUUGUUUCUCCAGUCCUGCUCAGACUGUAUGUGAAAUAUUACGUCAUUUUGUCAUCUCCAUCUGUUUGUGAUUGAAACAAUUUGAGUUGGGGUUUUUUUCAUUAACUUUUUUUUUAAUAAUAUGGAUAAUAAAGAAAUUAUUACACUUGCAUGUGAGUUGUACGGAUGUUAGGAAACUUAUGUCUGGAUUCAUGUACCGGACUCACUGUUGCUCGGGCAAUACAAAAAUCCUGACACUUGUUUAGUAAAACCAAUACAAGACACAAGCUUGUAUAAUAAUCUCUAUACAAUGGGGGUACACUGAGGAUGUUCAACCUUUUCUUUUACUAAAAAUAUGGUUUAAGACAAAAAUGGCUAUUAUGAAGCCUGUUUUUCUUAAAUACGGGUGUUUAAGCAUGGUAAAUGUAUUUAGUUACAAGUGUAUAAAACAAAACAGACUGUAAAUCUGGCCCAGUGUGUUCAUUAAAGUUGGCAUCAACCCUCAUGGGCUAAAAAAAAUAGAAGAAAAAGCUAGAUAACAUUGUAAAGUUAUUUUGUUAUCCUAAUAAAGGAUUUUUUUUUUUUUUAUCCAACAGGAAAUUGUAUUGAAUAUUAAGUAAUUUUUUACCUUUGUUUAUACAUUGUUUUUGUUUGUUAUUGUUUUAUUUUUGUGUAACAGAUGAAAGCAAAUUAUUGUACCUGGUUGUAAAUUUGUUUUGAUAGUUUAUCGUCAUCUUGUAAAUUACUGAAUGCAAAGUCUUUGGUGCAUGUAUAACAAAACUGUUGUACAUAACAAAAUAAGAACUGUCCGACUGGUGUCUCAGUCUCUCACAAGGUAACUGUCACACUAAUAGUGUAAGUAAUAAACUCACUGCCUUGUAGGUUACUCCAAUUAGCAGCAGUCUUGUGGACAUGAUAGCAUAUAGUACACUUUUGGUACUGUUUGUAUUGGGGGACAUAUCCCUGUGAAUCUAAUGAUGAUAGACGAGGGGGGAAACCUCAUACAGAUGAAUUAAAACUUUCCGUCUCAAAUGAGUCUGAGACAAAAUGUAAUGCUAUCAAAAUUUUGAUUAAUUUCCUCUGUAUAUAAAUAAAGAUUGGAGAAUUUGGAGGAUGGGGGUUAAGAAAUAUGAUACAUUUAGUUUAAUAGUGCUGCAGUCAUGACUCGAUGGUGCAAUUGUUGAUUUACAUGUUACCACCAUGAUGACAAAUAUUGUUUUUCCUUGGUAUGUAUGUAUGUGAUAUUCAAUGAGUUUUAAAUGUUUUGUCCACCGAAAAAAGUAUUGUGGAAUAUUGGGCAUUUGUAUGCUUUUGAAAGUCUGUUCUGAUUCCAGUCUACAUUAAACUGCAUUCAUUGCCUGUAUUACAGUUUGCACUAACAAUCUGUUCUAAGAGUCUAGAUUCUUAUAAAGACCUUCCAUCUGAUAGCUUCAUCUUAGACAUCAUAAAGUGAGACCAAUUUUCACCAUAGAUGAGUGAGCAUUCAAGCAAAUACUUACUUCUUUUCAACUUAGCCUGACCUCAACAAAUGGCAUAUCUCCCUUCCCCCAUACACAUUAGUAGACUGGUCUGAACAUCCCAACAGACAAUGGGGGAUGGCUUAACAUCUUCCAGUGAGUCCUCGGUUUCUAGUUCCCUGUCAGGCUAAGUAUUCAUAAAAAAGAAAAUGAUUCAAGUUUUCUACAGACUGAUUUAUAAUUAUGUAUUCUGUAGAGUGUAUAUAUUCUAAAUAUAGUGUUAACCAACUGCUUUUGCAAGUCUUGAACUGUAAACUUUAAAUUAUAAUCUGCACUGCUUUUAUUUAACAUGUAUAUCUUGGGAUUUUUCGCAAAUAAUAACUUACACUGUCCUAUUUUAAUCUUUUUAUCGUUCUUUAAUAAUGUACAUCAUGAAUAUCUUCUAUCUGUCUUUUUCAACAUGUAUCUACUGUUACAAGAACUGUUGUAAAUCUACUAGAAUAUACUAUAUAGUAUUUCAUUGUUUAAGUGUUAAACACCGUCUUAUUUUUCCUGUUAUCACUUCAACUACUGGUAAGUCUGGAGUAUUUAGUUUGUCAUUGCUUGGUCUCAAUACUGUUAAACAUGGGGUAUUGAAUUUGAUGCACAUCAUAUCCUUGUCAUAUUACUAGUCCAUUAAUAAAAGAUGCUAAGUACACAAAAAAGGUGUUUGGUUAACAGGCUGCAAAUUUGUACGGAUUUUGUGCUUGAACGAAUCCCAGAUUUUGAGCCAGAAACACAGUACAGUGAGAUUGAGUCACAAAUAUCUCUAUUACCGUAAACAAAAUUACGAUCCCAACAGAUUUCUAAGACCCCACCAAAAAAACAAAACAAAAAAAACAACCUCCCCCACAGGGCUUGAAACUCGCCAAAAAAAUAUGGUGGCCCAAAAAAUAAUAAUGGAUGUUGGCAAAUUAAGGUAAGUGAACCAUGAAACACGAGCAAGAUUUUAAUGUGGAAUAAAGAUAUGCAAUACAAAUAUUAAUAGUGGCUCAUAUGAUAUAGCUCUAAAAAAAGAUCUCCCAAAUAAUAAUAUUUGGGCGACUAACACCAUUUUAAAAAAAAUAUUUUAAGUCUCCCACAUUGGUUGCAUUUGGCUAUCUGGCCACAGGCUGUUUCAAGCCCUGCUCCCCCACUAAUUCAAUGCCUGGUUAAUAAAGUCCAUUUGAUGUUUGCUUUUAUAAUUAAAUUAUUAAAAUUACAAUUUUGCCUCGCCAAUAUCCCAAUUCAUCGUUUUGUCAACUGCUUUCAUAAAAGUGUCACAAUAGUUUUAAUACUAUGUAACAAAAUGUUGGAAUAGCACCCCACUGGAGAAUAAUCUAUUUUAUGUAAUAUAGAUUAGCAUUUGAGGAAUGGAUAUUAAUGAAUGGCGUGUAUUGGUAAGAAAAUUAAUUAAUGUGGAUGAUCUUUUCCCAAUGAUUAAAUAAAACUAUAUUCAAGAUUGGUUGGCAAAUGAUUUGGAGCUUUCCUGCUAUUCCUUUAGUAUAAUUUUCUUUCUCUUGUCUGUUUUACAUGAAUCAACUUGGUAACAGCAUAACCAUUUGGUAUAAUUUGCUAGGUGCAUGUAGAGAAAAAAUAGCUUUCCAAUUCAUAUUUCAUCCAAAUUUGUUCAGAGAUUUGUGCAGUACUUAGUGACUUAAGCCUGCUGGACAUUAGACAAUAUAUAUAUAUAUAUAUUAUUUUUGUUAAGAUGUUCAUUGUAACGUGGUAGGUUAAAACAGUCAUUGAAUAAUGACUUCCAAGUCAACAGAAUGUGAUAACCUGUACAGUUCGUUUAUAUAUUGGUUACAUCAGUUGUGUCUGUCCGAUAGUCGAGUGUUUUGUGAUGUAGCCAGCACUCUUUCAGAAGAAAAACAAAGCUUUGUAAAAUUGCCUAAGACAUGUAUUUAAAAUGCACAAGUCUGUUUGACUGGAAUAAAUCUGUGAAAUACA